AUGGGAACUCGAUUCACGGGCGACAGCAAAGACCCGGAAGUCAAUGUCACGACUUGGUGUCUGCUAGUCGUGGUCAUUUUGGCGGUUUUUGCUCGGUUGGGGACAAAAUAUCAUAUUUUCCAUCGAUUCACGUCCGAUGAUGUCCUCGUGAUAUUCUCCUCGGUAUGUUUAAAUGGCUUGUCUGUAUGGAUGAAUCUGUGGGCAGCGUCUUUGUUGUACAUCACCAGUCUUUCUCUUUCGAAACUUUCCAUGGUUCUCUUUACUCUGCGCCUCAGCCCAGCAGUCAAAGAUCACCGUCUUGGUCGGAUUGUGGCGACGGUGGUAAUAAUUUGGGCUGUCGUCACCAUACUGGGAACUGCUUUUGAAUGCAAUGUGCCGCAAACUUGGGACUUUUGGAAUGGAAGAUGUAUCAACAUGGUAUCAUCGUCCCAUGGUCUCUCCAAAGUGUUGAUUGAGUUUGCUAAUCCCGAUGUUCACCAGGAAGUAUGGCAUUACUUUGUUUGUCUUUCCAACAUGGUCACGGAAGCUUUGAUCCUGGGCCAGGCUUUCCUCUUGAUUUAUCGCAUCCACGCCUCUUUCAAAAAGCGUCUUGUUUUUGCCGGAAUUUUUCUCCCAAGAGUUUUGGUCAUCGGCGGUAUUAUAGGUCAACUCUCUUUAAUCCGACAAGCAGUAUCAUCCAACGACCCAAGUUAUGACAUCUGUGAUAUAUCAGUCAUCGAGGAAGUGGUGCAAUGUCUGAGCAUUGUCACGGCCUGUUGGGGUCAACUGAAGCCUUUUCUGACAUGGCUGAAAUUGGAGGGACGAUUGCAGGUCAACGACAUGGGGACCAGUGAUAUCUAUCACCUGAAAGAUUCCAAGUCUCAUUCCAAGUCCCGAGACAAGAGCAGUGGUCCCCAAGAUGAUUACGGGCUUUCUUCGCGAGGAGAACCUCUCGUGGUUUCCGUUACUCGUGACUGGGAGGUGGACAGUCAGUCAAGCCAGACACAUAUUAUCAAAGAAAACCAGCACCCUUGGAUGGGAGAAGGGUCGGAACCUACUAUACAAGGAGGUCAAAGCAGCUUUGAAAGAAGCAAAUGA